AUGCCUGGGGUUAGUGUGGUGUUGCAGUGAAUGACUGUCAUUGUUGUAGUCAGACCACAGUACUAGCAGGAUGCCUGGGGUUAGUGUGGUGUUGCAGUGAAUGACUGUCAUUGUUGUAGUCAGACCACAGUACUAGCAGGAUGCCUGGGGUUAGUGUGGUGUUGCAGUGAAUGACUGUCAUUGUUGUAGUCAGACCACAGUACUAGCAGGAUGCCUGGGGUUAGUGUGGGUGUUGCAGUGAAUGACUGUCAUUGUUGUAGUCAGACCACAGUACUAGCAGGAUGCCUGGGGUUAGUGUGGUGUUGCAGUGAAUGACUGUCAUUGUUGUAGUCAGACCACAGUACUAGCAGGAUGCCUGGGGUUAGUGUGGUGUUGCAGUGAAUGACUGUCAUUGUUGUAGUCAGACCACAGUACUAGCAGGAUGCCUGGGGUUAGUGUGGUGUUGCAGUGAAUGACUGUCAUUGUUGUAGACAGACCACAGUACUAGCAGGAUGCCUGGGGUUAGUGUGGUGUUGCAGUGAUGUGAAAGAAUGGCGCCGGAGGGGAUGGCCGCCGUUUUACAGGCUCCUGACCAAUUGUGGUAUUUUGUGUGUUUUCUUUGCACUGAUCCUCAAUUUCGUGGUAUCCAAUUGGUGGUUACAGUCUUGUCACAUCGCUACAACUCCCGUACGGACACGGGAGAGGCGAAGGUUGAGAGUCGUGCGUCCUCCGAAACACAACCCAACCUAGCCGCACUGCUUCUUGACACGGUGCCCGCUCAACCCGGAAGCCAGCCGCACCAAUGUGCCGGAGGAAACACCGUACACCUGGCGACUGAGUCAGCGUGCACUGCGCCCAGCCCGCCACAGGAGUCGCUAGUGGGACAAGGACAUCCCUGCCGCCAAACCCUACCCUACCCUGGAUGGCGCUGGGCCAAUUGUGCGCCGCCCCAUGGAUCUCCCGGUCGCGGCCGGCUGCGACAGAGCUUGGAAUCAAACCAGGUUCUCUAGUGGCACAGCUAGCACUGCGAUGCAGUGCCUUAGACCACUGCGCCACUCGGGAGGCCCCUAGGAGGACUUCCAUUUCAACGAGUCGGAGGCCAAGGACAUAAUGCUCAUCCCAGACCAGGCCCAAAGCCCCGUCAGGAGGAGGACGAGGCGGCGCUAGAGAGGUUGACGUGGGGGAUAUCUAACGAGACAGCGACGGCGAGUGGAUACGUCACCAUUACCCUCUCUUCCAAUCACUGGAGAAUAAACUGGAUGAGCUCUGUUCGAGACUAUCCUAUCAACGUGAUCUUAAGAACUGUAAAAUCCUAUGUUUCUCAGAGUCCUGGCUGAACAAGGACAUGUUAAAUAUAUAAAUCUAGCUGGGUUUGCUAUACAUCGCCAGGACAGAACCGCUGCGUCAGGGAAGAUCGGGGGGGGGCUCUUUGUCAACAACAGGUGCGCGAUUUAUAUUAAGGAAGUCUCAAGGUUCUGCUCGCCUGAGGUUCUGCUCGCCCGAGGUUCUGCUCGCCCGAGGUUCUGCUCGCCCGAGGUUCUGCUCGCCCGAGGUUCUGCUCGCCUGAGGUUCUGCUCGCCUGAGGUUCUGCUCGCCUGAGGUUCUGCUCGCCUGAGGUAGAAUACCUCAUGAUCAGCUGCAGACCAUACUACCAUACCACUAUCUACCAAGAGAGGGUUUUUUUCAUCUAUAUGUUUCUGAGCUGUUUAUUUACCACCACAAACCGAUGCUGGCACUAAGACCACACUCAGCGAGCUGUAUAAGGCCAUAAGCAAACAAGAAAAUGCUCAUCCAGAAGCGGCGCUCCUAGUGGCUGGUGAUUUUAAUCCAGGCAAACUGAAAUCCGUUUUACCUCAUUUCUACCAGCAUGUCUCCUGGGCAACUAGAGGUGAAAAAACUCUAGACCACCUUUACUCUACAUACAGACGGGUACAAAGCGCUCUUUCGGACUCCAUUUGGCAAAUCUGACCAUAAUUCUAUCCUCCUGAUUCCUGCUUACAAGUUAAAACUAAAGCAGGAAGUACCAGUGACUCGGUCAAUACGGAAGUGUCCGAUGAAGUGGAUGCUAAGCUACAGGACUGUUUCACUAGUACAGACUGGAAUAUAUUAAGGGAUUCAUUCGAUGGCAUUGAGGAGUUUACCAAAUCAGUCACCGGCUUCAUUAAUAAGUGCAUCAACGGCGUAGUCCCCACAGUGACCGUACGUACAUAUCCUAACCAGAAGCCAUGGAUUACAGGCAACAUCCGCACUGAGCUAAAGGGUAGAGCUGCUGCUUUCAAGGAGCGGGACACUAAUCUGGACGGUUAUAAGAAAUCCCGCUAUGCCCUCCGACGAACCAUCAAACAGGCAAAGCGUCAAUACAGGACUAAGAUCGAAUCCUACUACACCGGCUCUGACGCUCGUUGGGGAAGGCCCUAAAGAUUGUCAAAGACUCCAGCCACCCAAGUCACAGUCAGUUCUCUCUGCUACCCCACGGCAGGCGGUACCAGAGAGCCAAGUCUGGGACUACCCCAAAGCCAUAAGACUGCUAAACAGUUCAUUAAACGGCUACCUGGACUUUCUGCUUUCACCCCCUACCUACAUGUACAUAGUACUUCAAUCAAUCACCUAACCAAACCUACAUGUACAUAGUACUUCAAUCAAUCACCUAACCAAACCUACAGUGAGGGAAAAAAGUAUUUGAUCCCCUGCUGAUUUUGUACGUUUUCCCACUGACAAAGACAUGAUCAGUCUAUAAUUUUAAAAAUGUUAUAAAUUGAUUUGCAUUUUAAUGAGGGAAAUAAGUAUUUGACCCCUCUGCAAAAAACACGACUUAGUACUUGGUUGCAAAACCCUUGUUGGCAAUCACAGAGGUCAGAUGUUUCUUGUAGUUGGCCACCAGGUUUGCACACAUCUCAGGAGGGAUUUUGUCCCACUCCUCUUUGCAGAUCUUCUCCAAGUCAUUAAGGUUUCAAGGCUGACGUUUGGCAACUCCAGGACCUUAAUGUGCUUCCUCUUGAGCCACUCCUUUGUUGCCUUGGCCGUGUGUUUUGGGUCAUUGUCAUGCUGGAAUACCCACCCACGACCCAUUUUCAAUGCCCUGGCUGAGGGAAGGAGGUUCUCACCCAAGAUUUGACGGUACAUGGCCCCAUCCAUCGUCCCUUUGAUGCGGUGAAGUUGUCCUGUCCCCUUAGCAGAAAAACACCCCCAAAGCAUAAUGUUUCCACCUCCAUGUUUGACGGUGGGGAUGGUGUUCUUGGGGUCAUAGGCAGCAUUCCUCCUCCUCCAAACACGGCGAGUUGAGUUGAUGCCAAAGAGCUCCAUUUUGGUCUCAUCUGACCACAACACUUUCACCCAGUUCUCCUCUGAAUCAUUCAGAUGUUCAUCGGCAAACUUCAGACGGGCGUGUAUAUGUCAUGUAUUAUUUCAAGUGUAAUGUAUUAUUUCAGUGUCAUGUAUCAUUUCAGUGUAAUGUAUCAUUUCAGAGUGUGAUGUAUCAUUUCAGAGUGUGAUGUAUCAUUUCAGAGUGUGAUGUAUCAUUUCAGUUAAUGUAUCAUUUCAGUUAAUGUAUCAUUUCAGUGUGAUGUAUCAUUUCAGAGUGAUGUAUCAUUUCAGUUAAUGUAUCAUUUCAGAGUGAUGUAUCAUUUCAGAGUGGGAAAGUAUUAGCCCAAAGCUGUCAUUCAUUAGACGUGAUGUGUCCCCCAAAUGGCACCCUAUUCCCUAAAAAGCAGUGCACUAUAUAGGAAAUAGGGUGCCAUGGUCAUACACCUCUGGUCUAAAGCAGUGCACUAUAUAGGAAAUAGGGUGCCAUUUGUGACAGACGCCAUAUUAUAUAUUAGCCCUAUGGUGUGAUGAAUUAAAGAACACUUCAUGUCUCUAUGGUGUGAUGAAUUAAAUAACACUUCAUGUCUCUAUGGUGUGAUGAAUUAAUAACACUUAAUGUCUCUAUGGUGUGAUGAAUUAAAUAACACUUCAUGUCUCUAUGGUGUGAUGAAUUAAAUAACACUUCAUGUCUCUAUGGUGUGAUGAAUUAAAUAACACUUCAUGUCUCUAUGGUGUGAUGAAUUAAAUAACACUUCAUGUCUCUAUGGUGUGAUGAAUUAAUAACACUUCAUGUCUCUAUGGUGUGAUGAAUUAAUAACACUUCAUGUCUCUAUGGUGUGAUGAAUUAAAUAACACUUCAUGUCUCUAUGGUGUGAUGAAUUAAUAACACUUCAUGUCUCUAUGGUGUGAUGAAUUAAAUAACACUUCAUGUCUUUAAUUCAUCUCUAUGGUGUGAUGAAUUAAUAACACUUCAUGUCUCUAUGGUGUGAUGAAUUAAAUAACACUUCAUGUCUCUAUGGUGUGAUGAAUUAAAUAACACUUCAUGUCUCUAUGGUGUGAUGAAUUAAAUAACACUUCAUGUCUCUAUGGUGUGAUGAAUUAAAUAACACUUCAUGUCUCUAUGGUGUGAUGAAUUAAUAACACUUCAUGUCUCUAUGGUGUGAUGAAUUAAAUAACACUUCAUGUCUCUAUGGUGUGAUGAAUUAAAUAACACUUCAUGUCUCUAUGGUGUGAUGAAUUAAAUAACACUUCAUGUCUCUAUGGUGUGAUGAAUUAAUAACACUUCAUGUCUCUAUGGUGUGAUGAAUUAAAUAACACUUCAUGUCUCUAUGGUGUGAUGAAUUAAAUAACACUUCAUGUCUCUAUGGUGUGAUGAAUUAAUAACACUUCAUGUCUCUAUGGUGUGAUGAAUUAAAUAACACUUCAUGUCUUUAAUUCAUCUCUAUGGUGUGAUGAAUUAAUAACACUUCAUGUCUCUAUGGUGUGAUGAAUUAAAUAACACUUCAUGUCUCUAUGGUGUGAUGAAUUAAUAACACUUCAUGUCUCUAUGGUGUGAUGAAUUAAAUAACACUUCAUGUCUUUAAUUCAUCUCUAUGGUGUGAUGAAUUAAAUAACACUUCAUGUCUCUAUGGUGUGAUGAAUUAAAUAACACUUCAUGUCUCUAUGGUGUGAUGAAUUAAAUAACACUUCAUGUCUCUAUGGUGUGAUGAAUUAAAUAACACUUCAUGUCUCUAUGGUGUGAUGAAUUAAAUAACACUUCAUGUCUCUAUGGUGUGAUGAAUUAAUAACACUUCAUGUCUCUAUGGCGUGAUGAAUUAAAUAACACUUCAUGUCUCUAUGGUGUGAUGAAUUAAAUAACACUUCAUGUCUCUAUGGUGUGAUGAAUUAAAUAACACUUCAUGUCUCUAUGGUGUGAUGAAUUAAAUAACACUUCAUGUCUCUAUGGUGUGAUGAAUUAAAUAAAACUUCAUGUCUCUAUGGUGUGAUGAAUUAAAUAACACUUCAUGUCUCUAUGGUGUGAUGAAUUAAUAACACUUCACGUCUCUAUGGUGUGAUGAAUUAAAUAACACUUCAUGUCUCUAUGGUGUGAUGAAUUAAAUAAAACUUCAUGUCUCUAUGGUGUGAUGAAUUAAAUAACACUUCAUGUCUCUAUGGUGUGAUGAAUUAAUAACACUUCACGUCUCUAUGGUGUGAUGAAUUAAAUAACACUUCAUGUCUCUAUGGUGUGAUGAAUUAAAUAACACUUCAUGUCUCUAUGGUGUGAUCAAGGUGGAACGUUCUCAACUUUAAUCUAGUUUAGAGGAUGUAACACCUUGCUGAUUAACCUUAUGAUUAAAUAUCAGAAGACCCAAGAGGAUCUGUGUGUGCAGCUGUAUCCGUGGGUCUCCUCACCUCUGAGUGGCUGUCGCCGGUACAUGCUGUGCAGGGCCCUCAUGGCGAGCUCCUCCAGGGGGCCCACUCGCUCCGUCUCUGAGCCUAUAGCCUUCACCUCAGCAGGCAGAGGAACAGACACAUCUCCCAGAGACAGAGACAGAGGCUGGGGCGCCCGGUCAGACACCUGCCCUGGCAGACCACACCUGGAGAGACACGGAGAGAGAGAAACAGACAGACAGGUUAGACAGACAGGCAGAAGUCAAUGUCAGACUCAAAUCCAAAUUCUGCUAUAAUACAUUUAUAGACAAAGAUUUAUCCGAUUGAGAAAAAGGUCAGUAAGCAAUGAAAUGCCUACACAAAAUAUGCGUUUAAAAAAAAAUAUUCAUCCAGAAAAAAGCUGGGUUUGAAGAAAGGGAUGGAGAUGUGUCCUUACAUACUGCAGCCAAUCAACUAGUACAUAUAUAAAGGGUUAGGGGGCAGUCCUUACCCGCUGCAGCCAAUCAACUAGUACAUAUAUAAAGGGUUAGGGGGCGGUCCUUACCCGCUGCAGCCAAUCAACUAGUACAUAUAUAAAGGGUUAGGGGGCAGUCCUUACCCGCUGCAGCCAGUCAACUAGUACAUAUAUAAAGGGUUAGGGGGCAGUCCUUACCCGCUGCAGCCAAUCAACUAGUACAUAUAUAAAGGGUUAGGGGGCAGUCCUUACCCGCUGCAGCCAAUCAACUAGUACAUAUAUAAAGGGUUAGGGGGCAGUCCUUACCCGCUGCAGCCAAUCAACUAGUACAUAUAUAAAGGGUUAGGGGGCAGUCCUUACCCGCUGCAGCCAAUCAACUAGUACAUAUAUAAAGGGUUAGGGGGCAGUCCUUACCCGCUGCAGCCAAUCAACUAGUACAUAUAUAAAGGGUUAGGGGGCAGUCCUUACCCGCUGCAGCCAAUCAACUAGUACAUAUAUAAAGGGUUAGGGGGCGGUCCUUACCCGCUGCAGCCAAUCACCUUGUUGUACAGGUAUGAAGGAAGGCCUUUUAGGUGAACGUUGUUGUCAACAAACACAAACUGCAGCUCCCUGGAACGCCCCAGAUCUGGAACACAAAACCACAAUAUUAUCAGACAGACAUCUAUCAUUAUCAGACAGACAUCCAUCAUUAUCAGACAAACAGACAUCAUUAUCAGACAGACAUCUAUCAUUAUCAGACAGACAUCUAUCAUUAUCAGACAGACAUCCGUCAUUAUCAGACAGACAUCCGUCAUUAUCAGACAGACAUCCGUCAUUAUUAGACAGACAUCCGUCAUUAUCAGACAGACAGACAUCAUUAUCAGACAGACAGACAUCAUUAUCAGACAGACAGACAUCAUUAUCAGACAAACAUCUAUCAUUAUCAGACAAACAUCUAUCAUUAUCAGACAGACAUCUAUCAUUAUCAGACAGACAGACAUCAUUAUCAGACAGACAGACAUCAUUAUCAGACACAGACAUCAUUAUCAGACAGACAGACAUCAUUAUCAGACAGACAUCCAUCAUUAUCAGACAAACAGACAUCAUUAUCAGACAGACAGACAUCAUUAUCAGACACAGACAUCAUUAUCAGACAGACAGACAUCAUUAUCAGACAUCCAUCAUUAUCAGACAGACAUCCAUCAUUAUCAGACAAACAGACAUCAUUAUCAGACAGACAGACAUCAUUAUCAGACAGACAGACAUCAUUAUCAGAACAGCACAGACAGAAGACAUCAUUAUCAACAGACAUCAUUAUCGACAGACCAUCAUUAUAGACAGACAUCCAGACAACAUCAUUAUCAGACAGACAUCUAUCAUUAUCAGACAGACAUCCAUCAUUAUCAGACAGACAGACAUCAUUAUCAGACAGACAUCAUCAUUAUCAGACAGACAGACAUCAUUAUCAGACAGACAGACAUCAUUAUCAGACAGACACAUCAUAUCAGACUUCAACAGACAGACCAUCAUUAUCAGACAGACAUCUCCAUCAGAUCAUACAGACAGACACAUCAUUAUCAGACAGACAGACAUCAUUAAUCAGACCAACAGACAUCCACAUUAUCAUACAGACAGACAUCAUUAUACAGACAGACAUCAUAUCAGACAGCAUCUAUCAUAUCAGACAGACACCAUCAUUAUCAGACAGACAGCAUCAUUAUCAGACAACGAUCAUUAUCAGACAGACAGACAUCAUUUAUAGAGACAGACAGUACAUCAUUAUCAGACAGACAGCAUCAUUAUCAGACAGACUACAGCAUUAUCGACAAGACUCAUUACAACGACAUCUCAUUAUCAGACAGACGACAUCAUUAUCAGACAGACAUCCAUCAUUAUCAGACAGACAUCCAUCAUUAUCAGACAGACAUCAUCAUUAUCAGACAGACACAGCAUUACACAUCAUUAUCAGACAGACAUCAUUCAUUACUCAGACAGACAUCCAUCAUAUCAGACAAGACAAUCCAUCAUUAUCAGACAGACAUCUAUCAUUAUCAGCAAAUCAUACAUCAUUAUCAGACAGACAUCAUCAUUAUCAGACAGACAUCUAUCAUUAUCAGACAGACAUCCAUCAUUAUCAGACAGACAUCCAUCAUUAUCAGACAGACAUCCAUCAUUAUCAGACAGACAUCCAUCAUUAUCAGACAGACAUCUAUCAUUAUCAGACAGACAUCCAUCAUUAUCAAUAUCUCAGAGACAUCAUCAUUACAGACCCAUCUAUUUAUCAGACAGACAUCUAUUAGAUCAUCUUAUCAGAUUUAUCAGACAGACAUCCAUCAUUAUCAGACAGACAUCUAUCAUUAUCAGACAGACACUCAAUCAACACUCAUUAUCAGACAGACAUCCAUCAUUAUCAGACGACAUCUAUCAUUAUCAUACAGACAUCAUCAUUAUCAGACAGACAUCUAUCAUUAUCAGACAGACACCAUCAUUAUCAGACAGACAAUCUAUCAUUAUCAGACAGACAUCCAUCAUUAUCAACAAACGACAUCAUUAUCAGACAGACAGACAUCAUUAUCAGACACAGACAUCAUAUCAUAUCAGACAGACAUCUAUCAGACCAUCAUUAUCAGACAGACAUCCAUCAUUAUCACACAGACACAUUAUCAGACAGACAUACAUCAUUAUCAGACAGACAUCAUCAUUAUCAGACAGACAUCAUCAUUAUCAACAGACACAUCAUAUCGAACAGACACCUCAUUAUCAGACAGACAUCUAUCAUUAUCAGACAGACAUCUAUCAUUAUCAGACAGACAUCAUCAUUAUCAGACAGACAUCCUCAUAUCAGACAGACAUCAUCAUUAUCAGACAGCACAUCAUUAUACAGAAAUCUAUCAUUAUCACAGACAUCCAUCAUUAUCAGACAGACACCAUCAUUAUCAACAGACAUCCAUCAUUAUCAGACAACUCACAUUCCAGACACUAUCAUUAUCAGACAGACAGCCCUCAUUAUACAGACAUCCAUCAUUAUCAGACAGACAACAUCAUUAUAGACACAACCCCUUAUCGACACGACAUCAUUAAUCAGACAACAAACCAUCAUUAUCAACAGACACAUCAUUAUCAGACAGACUUAUCACCAGAAACAUACAGACAUCCUCAUUAUCAGACAACAUCCAUCAUUACAGACAAACAAUCAUUAUCAGACAGACAGACUCAUUAUCAACAGACAGACAUCAUUAUCAGACAGACAGACAUCAUUAUCAGACCCAACCCUCAUUAUCAGACAACAUCCUCAUUAUCAACAGACAUCAUCAUUAUCAGACAGACAUCUAUCAUUAUCAGACAGACAUCCAUCAUUAUCAACAGACUCUAUCAUUAUCAGACCGACAUCCAUCAUUUACAGACAGACACAUUAUCAGACAGACACCAUCAUUAAAACAAAGACAUCUAGCAACAGACAACAUCAUUAUCAACAGACAUCUCAUCAUAUCAACAGACAACCAUCAUUAUCAGACAACACAUCAUUAUCAGACACACACAUUAUCACGACAUCCAUCAUUAUCAGACAGACAUCUAUAUUAUCCAGACAAACAGACCAUCAUUAUCAGACAGACACAUCAUUAUCAGACAGACAUCUAUAAUCAUCAUAUCAGACAGACAAUUUUCAUACAGACAAACAUUUAUCAACAGACAUCCAUCAUUAUCAGACAACAUCUAUCAUUAUCAACAGACAUCUAAUCAUUAUCAGACGACAGACAUCAUUAUCAGACAACACUAUCAUUAUCAGACAGCAAAAAAGACCGAUCAUUAUCAGACAGACAGACAUCAUUAUCAGACACCAUCAUUUUUCCCGACAGAACAUCCAUCAUUUUCAAAAGACAAAUUCAGCAGCAUUUUAUUUUCAGACAGACAUCAUCCUUAUCAGACAGAAAAUCCCUCAUUAUCAACAGACACCAUCAUUAUCAGACAGACAAACCAUCAUUAUCCCGACGACAUCUAUCAUUAUCAUACAGACAUCCAUCAUUUUAGACAGACAUCUAUCAUUAUCAGACAGACAUCCACUUUAUUAUCAGACAGACAUCUCAUCAUUAUACAGACAUCCACUUAUAACAACUCACAUUAUCAGACAGACAACCAUCAUUAUCAGACAGACACUAUCAUUAUCAAAAGACAUCUAUCAUAUCAGACAGACAUCACAUCAUUAUCAGUUAUCAGACAGACAUCUAUCAUUAUCAACCGACAGACAGACAUCAUUAUCAGACAGACAAUCCAUCAUUAUCAGACAGACACCAUCAUUAUCAACAGACAUCUAUCAUUAUCAGACAGACACUACAUUUCAUACAGACGACUCAUUAUCAACCCGACAUCUUAUCAGACAGACCAUCAUUAUCAGACAGACAUCCAUCAUUAUCAAAAACCCCAUCAUUAUCAGACAGACAUCCUCAUUAUCAACGAAACCCAAUCAUUAUCAGACCGACACAUCAUUAAACAAACAGAACAAACCACAAUCAUUAUCAGACAUCCUCAUUAUCAGACAGACAUCCAUCUUAUCAGACAAACAAACAUCAUUAUCAGACAGACACAUCAUUAUCAGACAGACAGACAUCAUUAUCAGACAGACAGACAUCAUUAUCAACAACAAAACAUCAUUAUCAGACAGACAUCCAUCAUUAUCAGACAGACAAACUAUCAUUAUCAGACAGACACAUCAUUAUCAGACAGACAUCCAUCAUUAUCAACAGACUCUAUCAUUAUCAGACAGACAUCCAUCAUUAUCAGACAACAGACAUCCUCAAUUAUCAACAGAACAUCCAUCAUUAUCAGACACACAUCCUCAUUAUCAGACAGACCUCCAUCAUUAUCAACAACAUCAUCAUUAUCAGAAAAGACAACAUCAUUAUCAGAAAAGAACAUCUAUCAUUUUCAGACAGACAUCCCAUUAAUCAGACAACAACAACUCAUUAUCAGACAACAUCAUCAUUAUCAACAGCUCCAUCAUUAUCAGACAGACAUCCUCAUUAUCCGACAGACAUCUAUCAUUAUCAGACAGACAUCAUCAUUAUCAAGACAGACAUCAUCAUUAUCAGACAGACUCAUCAUUAUCGACACAGACAUCAUUAAACAGACAGACAUCCAUCAUUAUCAGACAGACAGACAAACUUAUCAACAACAGACAAUCAUUAUCAGACAGACAGACAUCAUUAUCAGACAGACAUCCAUUAUUAUCAGACGACAGACAUCAUUAUCAGACAGACAACCUCUUAUCAACAGACAUCACAUUAUCAGACAGACCAAACAUCAUUUCAACAGACAUCCUCAUUAUCAGACAGACAUCAUCAUUAUCAACAGACACCAUCAUUAUCAGACAGACAUCCAUCAUUAUCAGACAAAAUCUAUAUUAUCAACAGAUCCCUUAUCAAAACAGACACUAUCAUUAUCAGACAGACAACUAUCAUUAUCAGACAGACAUCCAUUAUCAGACAGACAUCCAUCAUUAUCAAAACAACAUCCAUCAUUAAACAGACAGACAUCCAUCAUUAUCAGACAGACAUCUAUCAUUAUCAACAGACAUCUAUCAUUAUCAGACAGGAACAUCCAUCAUUAUCAGACAGACCUCCAUCAUUAUCAAAAAACAGACAGAACCCUCAUUAUCAGACAGACAUCAUUAUCAGACAGACAUUUUCAUCAUUAUCAACAGACAUCAUCAUUAUCAGACAGACAUCAUCAUUAUCAGACAGACCUCCAUCAUUAUCAGACAGACACCCUCAUUAUCAGACAGACAUCUAUCAUUAUCAGACAAAACAUCCCAAUCAUUAUCAGACAGACAUCUCAUUAUCAGACAGACAUCUAUAUUAUCAGACAGACAGAUCAUAUCGACAACACAUCAUUAUCAGACAGACAUCAUCAUUAUCAGACAGACAUCAUAUCAUUAUCAGACAGACAUCUAUCAUUAUCAGACAGACAUCCAUCAUUAUCAGACACAGACAUCCAUCAUUAUCAGACAGACAUCCAUCAUUAUCAGACAGACAUCAUCAUUAUCAGACAGACAUCAUCAUUACAGACGACAUCAUCAUUAUCAACAGACAUUCCUAUCAUUAUCAGACAGACACCAUCAUUAUCAGACAGACAUCAUCAUUAUCAGACAGACAUCCAUCAUUAUCAGACAGACAUCCAUCAUUAUCAGACAGACAUCCAUCAUUAUCAGACAGACAUCCAUCUUAUCAGACAGACAUCCAUCAUUAUCAGACAGACAAUCUAUCAUUAUCGACCAGACAUCCAUCAUUAUCAGACAUAGACAAAUCUAUCAUUAUCAGACAGACAUCCUAUCAUUAUCAGACAGACAUCCAUCAUUAUCAGACAGACAUCCAUCAUUAUCAGACAGACAUCUAUCAUUAUUAGGACAGACAUCCAUCAUUAUCAUCGUCAUCAUUAUCAGACAGACAUCUAUCAUUAUCACAUCAUUAUCAGACAUCUAUCAUUAUCAGACAGACUCAUCAUUAUCAGACAGACAUCCAUCAUUAUCAGACAGACACCUCAUUAUCAACAACAUCCAUCAUUAUCAGACAGACAAUCAUCAUUAUCAGACAGACAAUCCAUCAUUAUCAGACAGACUCAUCAUUAUCAGACAGACUCCUAUCAUUAUCAACAGACAUCAUCAUUAUCAGACAGACAUCCCAUCAUUAUCAGACAGACAUCAUCAUUAUCAGACAGACAUCCAUCAUUAUCAGACAGACAUCUAUCAUUAUCAACAGACAUCCAUCAUUAUCAGACAGAACAUCAUCAUUAUCAGACAGACAUCAUCAUUAUCAGACAGACAAUCCAUCAUUAUCAGACAGACAUCCAUCAUUAUCAACAGACAUCCAUCAUUAUCAGACAGACAUCCAUCAUUAUCAGACAGACAUCUACCUCUAUUAAUCAGACAGCAUCAUCAUUAUCAUACAGACGACAUCUCAUUAUCAGACAGACAUCCAUCAUUAUCAGACAGACAUCCAUCAUUAUCAGACAGACAUCUAUCAUUAUCAGACAGACAUCCAUCAUUAUCAGACAGACAUCAUCAUAUCAGCAGACUUCAUCAUACAGACGACAUCCAUCAUUAUCAGACAGACAUCAUCAUUAUCAGACAGACAUCAUCAUUAUCACAGACAUCCUAUCAUUAUCAGACAGACAUCCUAUCAUUAUCAGACAGACAUCCAUCAUUAUCAGACAGACAUCAUUAUCACGACAGACACUCAUUAUCAGACAGACAUCCUCAUUAUCAGACAGAACAUCCAUCAUUAUCAGACAGCAUCAUCAUUAUCCACAGACUCAUCAUUAUCAGACAGACAUCUAUCAUUAUCAGACGAACAUCCAUCAUUAUCAGACAGACAUCAAUACAGACAGACAUCCAUCAUUAUAAAGACAGACAUCUCAGCAUUCAUUCAGACAGACAUCCUAUCAUUAUCAGACAACAUCCAUCAUUACAGACAGACAUCCAUCAUUACAUAAGACAUCUAUCAUUAUCAGACAGCAUCUAUUAUUAUCAUCUAUCAUUAUCAGACAGACAUCUAUCAUUAUCAGACAGACAUCCAUCAUUAUCAGACAGACAUCAUCAUAUCAGACAGACAAUCAUCAUUAUCAGACAGACAUCUAUCAUUAUCAUACAGACAUCCAUCAUUUCAGACAGACAUCCAUCAUUAUCAACAGACCAUCCUCAUUAUCAGACAGACAUCAUCAUAUCAGACAGACAUCAUCAUUAUCAGACAGACAUCCAUAUUAUCACGACAUCUAUCAGUUAUCAGACAGACAUCCAUCAUUAUCAGACAGACAUCCAUCAUUAAUCAGACAGACAUCUAUCAUUAUCAGACAACGACAUCAUUAUCAGACAGAUCAUAUUAUCAGACAGACAUCUAUCAUUAUCAGACAGACAUCUAUCAUUAUCAGACAGACAUCCAUCAUCAUUACAGACGACAUCUAUCAUUAUCAGACAGACCAUCCAUCAUUAUCAGACAGACAUCUAUCAUUAUCAGACAGACACUCUAUCAUUAUCAGACAGACAUCUUCAUUAUCAUAACAGACCCAUCAUUAUCAGACAGACAUCCAUCAUCAUUACAGACAGACAUCUAUCAUUAUCAGACAGACAUCCUCAUUAUCAGACAGACAUCUAUCAUUAUCAGACAGACAUCUAUCAUUAUCAGACAGACAUCAUCAUUAUCAGACAGACAUCCAUCUAUUAUCAGACAGACAUCCAUCAUUAUCAGACAGACAUCUAUCAUUAUCAGACAGACAUCUAUCAUUAUCAGACAGACAUCCCAUCAUUAUCAGACAGACAUCCAUCAUUAUCAGACAGACAUCUAUCAUUAUCAGACAGACAUCUAUCAUUAUCAGACAUACAUCCACAUCAUUAUCAGACAGACAUCUAUCAUUAUCAGACAGACAUAUCAUUAUCCUACAGACACAUCCUAUCAUUAUCAGACAGACAGUACAAUCUCAUCAUUAUCAGACAGACUCAUCAUUAUCAGACAGACAAUCCAUCAUUAUCAGACAGACAUCUAUCAUUUCAGCACAGACCAUCCAUCAUUAUCAGACAGACAUCCAUCAUAUCGACAACUUAUCAUUAUCAGACAGACAUCAUCAUUAUCAGACAGACAUCCAUCAUUAUCAGACAGACAUCCAUCAUUAUCAGACAGACAUCUAUCAUUAUCAGACAGACAUCUAUCAUUAUCAGACAGACAUCCAUCAUUAUCAGACAGACAUCCAUCAUUAUCAGACAGACAUCCUAUCAUUAUCAGACAGACAUCCAUCAUUAUCAGACAGACAUCCAUCAUUAUCAGACAGACAUCCAUCAUUAUCAGACAGACAUCUAUCAUUAUCAGACAGACAUCAUCAUUAUCAGACAGACAUCCAUCAUUAUCAGACAGACAUCCAUCAUUAUCAGACAGACAUCCAUCAUUAUCAGACAGCAUUCAUUAUCAGACAGAAUCUAUCCACAUCCUUACAACAGACAUCAUCAUUAUCAGACAGACAUCUAUCAUUAUCAGACAGACAUCCAUCAUUAUCAGACAGACCUCAUUGACGACACUAUCAUUAUCAGACAGACACCAUCAUUAUCAGACAGACAAUCAUUAUCGACAGACACAUCUUUAUCAGACAGAAAAUCCAUCAUUAUCAGACAGACAUCUAUCAUUAUCGACAGACAUCCAUCAUUAUCAGACAGACAUCAUAUCAUUAUCAGACAGACAUCUAUCAUUAUCAGACAGACAUCCAUUCAUUAUCAGACCGACAUCCAUCAUUAUCAGACAGACAUCCAUCAUUAUCAGACAGACAUCAUAUCAUACAGCCCUACAUUAUCAUACAGACAUCUAUCAUUAUUCAGACAGACAUCUAUGCAUUAUCAGACAGACAUCCAUCAUUAUCAGACAGACAUCCAUCAUUAUCAGACAGACAUCAUCAUUAUCAGACGACAUCAUCAUUUCAACGCACCCAUUAUCAGACAGACAACAUCAUUAUCAGACAGACAUCAUCAUUAUCAGACAGACAUCCAUCAUUAUCAGACAGACAUCCAUCAUUAUCCGACAGACAUCUUCAUUAUCAGACAGACAUCCAUCAUUAUCAGACAGACAUCUAUCAUUAUCACGACAGAUCAUCUACAGACAUCAUCAUUAUCAGACAGACUCUAUCAUUAUCAGACAGACAAUCAUUAUCAGACAGACAUCUAUCAACAGACACUCAUCAUUAUCAGACAGACAUCAUCAUUAUCAUCAUCAUUAUCAGAAGACAUCCAUCAUUAUCAGCAGACAUCUAUCAUUAUCAGACAGACAUCUAUCAUUAUCAGACAGACAUCCUUUCCAUUAUCAGACAGAACUCCAUCAUUAUCAGACAGACAUCUAUCAUUAUCAGACAGACAUCCUAUCAUUAUCAGACAGACAUCCAUCAUUAUCAGACAGACAUCCAUCAUCCUUAUCAGACAGACAUCUAUCAUUAUCAGACAGACAUCCAUCAUUAUCAGACAGACAUCUAUCAUUAUCAGACAGACAUCUAUCAUUAUCAGACAGACAUCUAUCAUUAUCAGACAGACAUCCAUCAUUAUCAGACAGACAUCCUAUCAUUAUCAGACAGACAUCCAUCAUUAUCAGACAGACAUCCAUCAUUAUCAGACAACACCCUCAUUCAUUAUCAGACAGACAUCAUCAUUAUCAGACAGACAUCUAUCAUUAUCAGACAGACAUCACUCAUUAUCAGACAUCCAUCAUUAUCAGACAGACAUCCGUCAUUAUCAGACAGACAUCAUCAUUAUCAGACAGACACAUCAUUAUCAGACAGACACAUCAUUAUCAGACAGACAUCCAUCAUUAUCAGACAGACAACAUCAUUAUCAAAACAGACAUCCAUCAUUAUCAGACAGCAGCAUCAUUAUCAGACAGAAAACAUCAUUAUCAGACAGACAUCUAUCAUUAUCAGACAGACAUCUAUCAUUAUCAGACAGACAUCCAUCAUUAUCAGACAGACAUCUAUCAUUAUCAGACAGACAUCCAUCAUUAUCAGACAGACAUCUAUCAUUAUCAGACAGACAUCCAUCAUUAUCAGACAGACAUCUAUCAUUAUCAGACAGACAUCCAUCAUCAUUAUCAGACAGACAUCUAUCAUUAUCAGACAGACAUCCAUCAUCAUUAUUAUCAGACAGACAUCUAUCAUUAUCAGACAGACAUCCAUCAUUAUCAGACAGACAUCUAUUAUUAUCAGACAGACAUCCAUCUAUCAUUAUCAGACAGACAUCCAUCAUUAUCAGACAGACAUCCAUCAUUAUCAGACAGACAUCCAUCAUUAUCAGACAGACAUCCAUCAUUAUCAGACAGACAUCCAUCAUUAUCAGACAGACAUCCAUCAUUAUCAGACAGACAUCUAUCAUUAUCAGACAGACAUCCAUCAUCAUUAUUAUCAGACAGACAUCUAUCAUUAUCAGACAGACAUCUAUCAUUAUCAGACAGACAUCCAUCAUCAUUAUCAGACAGACAUCUAUCAUUAUCAGACAGACAUCCAUCAUUAUCAGACAGACAUCCAUCAUUAUCAGACAGACAUCCAUCAUCAUUUUCUGCACUAGUAUAUUAUAUCUGUACUAGUUGAUUGGCUGCAGUAUGUCCUAUAGAAUUCCAAUAGGAUUCUGAUACAGGUGACUAAAUCCUAUAGGAUUGUGAUAAUCCUAUAUAAAAUCACUAAUCCUACAGGUUUGUGAGAAUAACAUAUAUAAUCACUAAUUUUUUGACUAGGGUAAAUUGAAGGAGCAUGCAAUUGACAUGCUGACUGUAGGAAUGUCCGGACAGAGCUGUUGCCAGAGAAUGUAAUGUUUAUCUCUCUACCAUAAGCCGCCGUUUUAGAGAAUUUGGCAGUACGUCUAACCGGCCUCACAACCGCAGUCCACGUGUAACCACGCCAGCCCAGGACCUCCACAUCCGGCUUCUACACCUGCGGGAUCGUUUGAGACCAGCCACCCGGACAGCUGAUGAAACUGUCUGCACAAACUGUCAGAAACCGUCUCAGGGAAGCUCAUCCGCGUGCUCGUCGUCCUCACCAGGGUCUUGACCUGACUGCAGUUUGGCGUCGUAACCGACUUCAGUGGACAACUGCUCACCUUCGAUGGCCACUGGCAGGUUGGAGAAGUGUGCUCUUCACGGAUGAAUCCCGGUUUCAACUGUACCGGGCAGAUGGCAGUCAGCGUGUAUGGCGUUGUGUGGGCGGGCGGUUUGCUGAUCUCAACGUUGUGAACAGGGUGCCCCAUGGUGGCGGUGGGGUUAUGGUAUGGGCAGGCAUAAGCUAUGGACAAUGAACACAAUUGCAUUUUAGCGAAACCAAUUUGAAUGCACAGAGACACUGUGACGAGAUCCUGAGGCCCAUUGUUGUGCCAUUCAUCCGCCUCCAUCACCUCAUGUUUCAGCAUGAUAAUGUAAGCCCCCAUGUCACAAGGAUCUGGACACAAUUCCUGGAAGCUGAAAAUGUCCCAGUUCUUCAUUGGCCUACAUACUUACCAGACAUGUCACCCAUUGAGCACGUUUGGGAUGCUCUGGAUUGACGUGUAUAACAGCGUGUUCCAGUUCCCGCCAAUAUCCAGCAACUUCACACAGCCAUUGAAGAGGAAUGGGACAACAUUCCACAGGCCACAAUCAACAGCCUGAUCAACUCUAUGGGAAGGAGCUGUGUCGCGCUGCAUGAGGCAAAUGGUGGUCCCACCAGAUACUGACUGGUUUUCUGAUCCACGCACCUACCUUUUUUAAAGGGAUCUGUGACCAACAGAUUAAUAUCUGUAUUCCCAGUCAUGUGAAAUCCAUAGAAUAGGGCCUACUUAAUUUAUUUAAAUUGACUGAUUUCCUUAUAUGAACUGUAACUCAGUAAAAUCUUUGAAAUUGUUUAUAUUUUUGGUUUACUUGCUACCACACACACACGUCUGUCCUCCAAGACUGAGGGAAGAUACCCCACUCCCUGGCCACUAGCCAUCUGUCAUGACUCUCCUGACAGUGGAUCAAAGGACCCAUCAGCUAGGCAACUGCUUGAAGAUAUCCAGACCCCCUCUCUCCCACAGAAGAGGGGCUGAGCCGGUCUUGACACCUUAACACUGGGGAAGGGGGGCUGAGCCGGUCUUGACACCUUAACACUGGGGAAGGGGGGCUGAGCCGGUCUUGACACCUUAACACUGGGGAAGGGGGGCUGAGCCGGUCUUGACACCUUAACACUGGGGAAGGGGGCUGAGCCGGUCUUGACACCUUAACACUGGGGAAGGGGGGCUGAGCCGGUCUUGACACCUUAACACUGGGGAAGGGGGGCUGAGCCGGUCUUGACACCUUAACACUGGGGAAGGGGGGCUGAGCUGGUCUUGACACCUUAACACUGGGGAAGGGGGGCUGAGCCGGUCUUGACACCUUAACACUGGGGAAGGGGGGCUGAGCCGGUCUUGACACCUUAACACUGGGUCCUAAAUUUAAGCAGGAGAGAAACUUUCUCUCUCUGCCUUUCAGUAUCCACCAAAGGAAUGUCUACGUCUAGAGAGAGUGGCCUGCCUAAACACUAACGUCAAAAGAUUGGACAUUGGAACAUUUUUUCUGACAUCCAAAUGUUUGGAAAGGUCAGUAGGGAUCUAAAGAAUAAUCAUGUCAUAUUGUUUAUUAUUUAGUGAUGUCAUUAAGAAUGGUAUCAAGAAAUAACUAACUCGGAAAAUGUACAUAUUCUACUUCUCAAGUUUACAUCUAAAUGUCGUAUAAAAUAUAUGAUUAAGUAUGAGAGUAUUUUGGUUAAGAUAGCAAUGUGAUUUUAGCCUUCUAAUGAGUUAAUUGUUUUCUCAUUAGAACAUUUGCCCAGUCAGUAACCACGCCCAAGUGAGCACAGACAUUGUGUCGGCAUGAAUUUAGCAGACGCUCUUAUCCAAAGCGACUUAAAGGAGCAAUUUGGGUUAAGUGCCUUGCUCAAGGGAACCGACAGAUUUUUCCCUUAGUCGGCUCAUGGAUUCAAACCAGCGUACCGGCCCAACGGUAAAACGGCAAAAAUGCCUCAGCGUAAGAUAGAGAACUAAAUAUCCCUCCCUGUCUGUCAGUCUGAGGGGAGAAUCCUCCCCAUCUCCCCUGUCUGUCUGUCAGUCUGAGGGGAGAAUCCUCCCCAUCUCCCCUGUCUGUCUGUCAGUCUGAGGGGAGAAUCCUCCCCAUCUCCCCUGUCUGUCUGUCUGUCAGUCUGAGGGGAGAAUCCUCCUCAUCUCCCCUGUCUGUCUGUCAGUCUGAGGGGAGAAUCCUCCCCAUCUCCCCUGUCUGUCUGUCUGUCUGAGGGGAGAAUCCUCCCCAUCUCCCCUGUCUGUCUGUCAGUCUGAGGGGAGAAUCCUCCCCAUCUCCCCUGUCUGUCUGUCAGUCUGAGGGGAGAAUCCUCCCCAUCUCCCCUGUCUGUCUGUCUGUCAGUCUGAGGGGAGAAUCCUCCCCAUCUCCCCUGUCUGUCUGUCAGUCUGAGGGGAGAAUCCUCCCCAUCUCCCCUGUCUGUCUGUCUGUCUGAGGGGAGAAUCCUCCCCAUCUCCCCUGUCUGUCUGUCAGUCUGAGGGGAGAAUCCUCCCCAUCUCCCCUGUCUGUCUGUCAGUCUGAGGGGAGAAUCCUCCCCAUCUCCCCUGUCUGUCUGUCUGAGGGGAGAAUCCUCCCCAUCUCCCCUGUCUGUCAGUCUGAGGGGAGAAUCCUCCCCAUCUCCCCUGUCUGUCUGUCUGUCUGUCUGAGGGGAGAAUCCUCCCCAUCUCCCCUGUCUGUCUGUCUGUCAGUCUGAGGGGAGAAUCCUCCCCAUCUCCCCUGUCUGUCUGUCAGUCUGAGGGGAGAAUCCUCCCCAUCUCCCCUGUCUGUCUGUCUGUCUGAGGGGAGAAUCCUCCCCAUCUCCCCUGUCUGUCUGUCUGUCAGUCUGAGGGGAGCAUCCUCCCCAUCUCCCCUGUCUGUCUGUCAGUCUGAGGGGAGAAUCCUCCCCAUCUCCCCUGUCUGUCUGUCUGUCAGGCUGAGGGGAGAAUCCUCCCCAUCUCCCCUGUCUGUCUGUCAGUCUGAGGGGAGAAUCCUGCCCAUCUCCCCUGUCUGUCUGUCAGUCUGAGGGGAGAAUCCUCCCCAUCUCCCCUGUCUGUCUGUGUCUGUCUGAGGGGAGAAUCCUCCCCAUCUCCCCUGUCUGUCUGUCAGUGUGAGGGGAGAAUCCUCCCCAUCUCCCCUGUCUGUCUGUCAGUGUGAGGGGAGAAUCCUCCCCAUCUCCCCUGUCUGUCAGUGUGAGGGGAGAAUCCUCCCCAUCUCCCCUGUCUGUCUGUCAGUCUGAGGGGAGAAUCCUCCCCAUCUCCCCUGUCUGUCUGUCUGUCUGAGGGGAGAAUCCUCCCCAUCUCCCCUGUCUGUCUGUCAGUCUGAGGGGAGAAUCCUCCCCAUCUCCCCUGUCUGUCUGUCUGUCAGUCUGAGGGGAGAAUCCUCCCCAUCUCCCCUGUCUGUCUGUCUGAGGGGAGAAUCCUCCCCAUCUCCCCUGUCUGUCUGUCAGUCUGAGGGGAGAAUCCUCCCCAUCUCCCCUGUCUGUCUGUCAGUCUGAGGGGAGAAUCCUCCCCAUCUCCCCUGUCUGUCUGUCUGUCUGAGGGGAGAAUCCUCCCCAUCUCCACAGAGCAGAACAGAGCAGAGCAGAGCAGAGCAGCCAUGCUACUAGCUAUAGCAGAGAAUGGUACCCUAUUCCCUAUAUAGUGCACUACUUUAGACCAGAGAAUGGCACCCUAUUCCCUAUAUAGUGCACUACUUUAGACCAGAGAAUGGUACCCUAUUCCCUAUAUAGUGCACUACUUUAGACCAGAGAAUGGUACCCUAUUCCCUAUAUAGUGCACUACUUUAGACCAGAGAAUGGUACCCUAUUCCCUAUAUAGUGCACUACUUUAGACCAGAGAAUGGUACCCUAUUCCCUAUAUAGUGCACUACUUUAGACCAGAGAAUGGUACCCUAUUCCCUAUAUAGUGCACUACUUUAGACUAGAGAAUGGCACCCUAUUCCCUAUAUAGUGCACUACUUUAGACUAGAGAAUGGCACCCUAUUCCCUAUAUAGUGCACUACUUUAGACCAGAGAAUGGUACCCUAUUCCCUAUAUAGUGCACUACUUUAGACCAGAUAAUGGCACCCUAUUCCCUAUAUAGUGCACUACUUUAGACCAGAGAAUGGUACCCUAUUCCCUAUAUAGUGCACUACUUUAGACCAGAGAAUGGUACCCUAUUCCCUAUAUAGUGCACUACUUUAGACCAGAGAAUGGUACCCUAUUCCCUAUAUAGUGCACUACUUUAGACCAGAGAAUGGCACCCUAUUCCCUAUAUAGUGCACUACUUUAGACCAGAGAAUGGCACCCUAUUCCCUAUAUAGUGCACUACUUUAGACCAGAGAAUGGCACCCUAUUCCCUAUAUAGUGCACUACUUUAGACCAGAGAAUGGCACCCUAUUCCCUAUAUAGUGCACUACUUUAGACCAGAGAAUGGCACCCUAUUCCCUAUAUAGUGCACUACUUUAGACCAGAGAAUGGCACCCUAUUCCCUAUAUAGUGCACUACUUUAGACCAGAGAAUGGCACCCUAUUCCCUAUAUAGUGCACUACUUUAGACCAGAGAAUGGCACCCUAUUCCCUAUAUAGUGCACUACUUUAGACCAGAGAAUGGCACCCUAUUCCCUAUAUAGUGCACUACUUUAGACCAGAGAAUGGCACCCUAUUCCCUAUAUAGUGCAUACUUUAGACCAGAGAAUGGCACCCUAUUCCCUACUUUAGACCAGAGAAUGGCACCCUAUUCCCUAUAUAGUGCACUACUUUAGACCAGAGAAUGGCACCCUAUUCCCUAUAUAGUGCACUACUUUAGACCAGAGAAUGGCACCCUAUUCCCUAUAUAGUGCACUACUUUAGACCAGAGAAUGGCACCCUAUUCCCUAUAUAGUGCACUCCUUUAGACCAGAGAAUGGUACCCUAUUCCCUAUAUAGUGCACUACUUUAGACCAGAGAAUGGCACCCUAUUCCCUAUAUAGUGCACUACUUUAGACCAGAGAAUGGCACCCUAUUCCCUAUAUAGUGCACUACUUUAGACCAGAGAAUGGCACCCUAUUCCCUAUAUAGUGCACUACUUUAGACCAGAGAAUGGCACCCUAUUCCCUAUAUAGUGCACUACUUUAGACCAGAGAAUGGCACCCUAUUCCCUAUGUAGUGCACUACUUUAGACCAGAGAAUGGCACCCUAUUCCCUAUAUAGUGCACUACUUUAGACCAGAGAAUGGCACUCUAUUCCCUAUGUAGUGCACUACUUUAGACCAGAGAAUGGCACCCUAUUCCCUAUAUAGUGCACUACUUUAGACCAGAGAAUGGCACCCUAUUCCCUAUAUAGUGCACUACUUUAGACCAGAGAAUGGCACCCUAUUCCCUAUAUAGUGCACUACUUUAGACCAGAGAAUGGCACCCUAUUCCCUAUAUAGUGCACUACUUUAGACCAGAGAAUGGCACCCUAUUCCCUAUAUAGUGCACUACUUUAGACCAGAGAAUGGCACCCUAUUCCCUAUAUAGUGUACUACUUUAGACCAGAGAAUGGUACCCUAUUCCCUAUAUAGUGCACUACUUUAGACCAGAGAAUGGCACCCUAUUCCCUAUAUAGUGCACUACUUUAGACCAGAGAAUGGCACCCUAUUCCCUAUAUAGUGUACUACUUUAGACCAGAGAAUGGCACCCUAUUCCCUAUAUAGUGCACUACUUUAGACCAGAGAAUGGCACCCUAUUCCCUAUAUAGUGCACUACUUUAGACCAGAGAAUGGUACCCUAUUCCCUAUAUAGUGCACUACUUUAGACCAGAGAAUGGCACCCUAUUCCCUAUAUAGUGCACUACUUUAGACCAGAGAAUGGCACCCUAUUCCCUAUAUAGUGCACUACUUUAGACCAGAGAAUGGUACCCUAUUCCCUAUAUAGUGCACUACUUUAGACCAGAGAAUGGUACCCUAUUCCCUAUAUAGUGCACUACUUUAGACCAGAGAAUGGCACCCUAUUCCCUAUAUAGUGCACUACUUUAGACCAGAGAAUGGCACCCUAUUCCCUAUAUAGUGCACUACUUUAGACCAGAGAAUGGUACCCUAUUCCCUAUAUAGUGCACUACUUUAGACCAGAGAAUGGCACCCUAUUCCCUAUAUAGUGCACUACUUUAGACCAGAGAAUGGCACCCUAUUCCCUAUAUAGUGCACUACUUUAGACCAGAGAAUGGUACCCUAUUCCCUAUAUAGUGCACUACUUUAGAGCAGGGCCCAUAGUUUAUCCCUGUGGUUGUGUCCUUCAGACAGGUGAGAUCCACAUGUCUGUCCUGGCAUGGUGUCAGCAGCAGUUAGAGGCGUUCGCUCUACAUCCUCCUUUAAAAAGGGAUCCCCCUCUGGAUCGGCUGCUGGGAACAGGGACAGACAUGACCCUAGGGGCACUGGAUCGGCUGCUGGAAACAGGGACAGACAUGACCCUAGGGGCACUGGAUCGGCUGCUGGAAACAGGGACAGACAUGACCCUAGGGGCACUGGAUCGGCUGCUGGAAACAGGGACAGACAUGACCCUAGGGGCACUGGAUCGGCUGCUGGAAACAGGGACAGACAUGACCCUAGGGGCACUGGAUCGGCUGCUGGGAACAGGGACAGACAUGACCCUAGGGGCACUGGAUCGGCUGCUGGAAACAGGGACAGAGAUGACCCUAGGGGCACUGGAUCGGCUGCUGGAAACAGGGACAGACAUGACCCUAGGGGCUCUGGAUCGGCUGCUGGAAACAGGGACAGACACGACCCUAGGGGCAGCAAGGUGUGUGUGUGUAUACUAACCUAGGGGUAGAGAGGUGAGUUGGUUAGCAGCCAUACUGAGCUCGUUGAGGCUGCGGAGCUUUAACCCCUGACCCCAUACUAACCUAGGGGUAGAGAGGUGAGUUGGUUAGCAGCCAUACUGAGCUCGUUGAGGCUGCGGAGCUGGCAGAGCUGUCUGGGGAAGCUGGUCAGGUUGUUCCUGUCAGCAGUGAGACACUGGAGAGACAGACACUGGUGCAGCCGCUCUGGAAGACACACCAACACAUUUCUACUGACAUCCAGGGUCUCUAGGUCACAGAGGGCUCCAAUCUCUGAGAGAGAGAGAGAAAGAGAGACAGAGACAGAGACAGAGACAGAGACAGAGAGAGAGAGAGAGAGAGAGACAGAGAGAGAGAGAGACACAGAGAGACAGAGGGAGAUGGAGGGAGAUGGAGAGAGAGAGAGAUGGAGAGAGCAAGAGAGAGAGAGAGAGAGAGAGAGUCAGUCAAUGACUUAUAGGGUAUGCGUACCCCAUUAAGCCCACCUCAGUCUUUGGAUAAAAAAGAAGAAAAUUCUGCUGUUGAAUGUUUCAACUAAUUCAUCUGGUUGUUAUAUCAUAACAGUUUUUUAUUCUAAGCCAAUCAGAUGUUUUAUUAUAAAGUUAUUGACAGUUCUGUGUUAGUUCCCACUGUGUGUUAAUUCCCACUAGUGGCCAAUUUCAAAGUUGCAACAAAAAAAAAAAGGUGUCGAGGCGACCCUCAGAUAAACACAUGUAUUACUGUUAGUACCUUCUCAGAUAAACACAUGUAUUACUGUUAGUACCUUCUCAGAUAAACACAUGUAUUACUGUUAGUACCUUCUCAGAUAAACACAUGUAUUACUGUUAGUACCUUCUCAGAUAAACACAUGUAUUACUGUUAGUACCUUCUCAGAUAAACACAUGUAUUACUGUUAGUACCUUCUCAGAUAAACACAUGUAUUACUGUUAGUACCUUCUCAGAUAAGUGAUCAUAAAAUUGUAAAAUUAAUGUGCUGAUAUAUACACAUGAUAGCAUAUUUCAUUUAUUACUAUUUAUUGCCAAUUGAAAAUAUGGUGUUUUCCUGCUGGCAGUAUCUCCCAUCUCCCCCCUCCCUCUGUCUCUGCACAACAAAGCGCCUAUGCAAAGCUCUCACUCUGUCACCCAGAACCUUCUUCCAGUGUCUACCUGCCAGCUGGAAACCUUCUUCCAGUGUCUACCUGCCAGCUGGAAACCUUCUUCCAGUGUCUACCUGCCAGCUGGAAACCUUCUUCCAGUGUCUACCUGCCAGCUGGAAACCUUCUUCCAGUGUCUACCUGCCAGCUGGAAACCUUCUUCCAGUGUCUACCUGCCAGCUGGAAACGUUCUUCCAGUGUCUACCUGCCAGCUGGAAACCUUCUUCCAGUGUCUACCUGCCAGCUGGAAUCCUUUACCAGUGUCUACCUGCCAGUGGAAUCCUUCUUCCAGUGUCUACCUGCCAGCUGGAAACCUUCUUCCAGUGUCUACCUGCCAGCUGGAAACCUUCUUCCAGUGUCUACCUGCCAGCUGGAAACCUUCUUCCAGUGCCUACCUGCCAGCUGGAAACCUUCUUCCAGUGUCUACCUGCCAGCUGGAAACCUUCUUCCAGUGUCUACCUGACAGCUGGAAUCCUUUACCAGUGUCUACCUGCCAGCUGGAAUCCUUUACCAGUGUGUGUCAGCUACCUGCCAGUGGAAUCCUUUACCAGUGUGUGUCAGCUACCUGCCAGUGGAAUCCUUUACCAGUGUGUGUCAGCUACCUGCCAGUGGAAUCCUUUACCAGUGUGUGUCAGCUACCUGCCAGUGGAAUCCUUUACCAGUGUGUGUCAGCUACCUGCCAGUGGAAUCCUUUACCAGUGUGUGUCAGCUACCUGCCAGUGGAAUCCUUUACCAGUGUCUACCUGCCAGUGGAAUCCUUUACCAGUGUCUACCUGCCAGUGGAAUCCAUUACCAGUGUCUACCUGCCAGUGGAAUCCUUUACCAGUGUCUACCUGCCAGUGGAAUCCUUUACCAGUGUGUGUCAGCUACCUGCCAGUGGAAUCCUUUACCAGUGUGUGUCAGCUACCUGCCAGUGGAAUCCUUUACCAGUGUGUGUCAGCUACCUGCCAGUGGAAUCCUUUACCAGUGUCUACCUGCCAGUGGAAUCCUUUACCAGUGUCUACCUGCCAGUGGAAUCCUUUACCAGUGUGUGCCAGCUACCUGCCAGUGGAAUCCUUUACCAGUGUGUCAGCUACCUGCCAGUGGAAUCCUUUACCAGUGUGUGUCAGCUACCUGCCAGUGGAAUCCUUUACCAGUGUCUACCUGCCAGUGGAAUCCUUUACCAGUGUCUACCUGCCAGUGGAAUCCUUUCCCAGUGUGUGCCAGCUACCUGCCAGUGGAAUCCUUUACCAGUGUCUACCUGCCAGUGGAAUCCUUUACCAGUGUGUGUCAGCUACCUGCCAGUGGAAUCCUUUACCAGUGUGUGUCAGCUACCUGCCAGUGGAAUCCUUUACCAGUGUGUGCCAGCUACCUGCCAGUGGAAUCCUUUCCCAGUGUGUGUCAGCUACCUGCCAGUGGAAUCCUUUACCAGUGUGUGCCAGCUACCUGCCAGUGGAAUCCUUUCCCAGUGUGUGCCAGCUACCUGCCAGUGGAAUCCUUUACCAGUGUGUGCCUGCCAGUGGAAUCCUUUACCAGUGUCUACCUGCCAGUGGAAUCCUUUACCAGUGUGUGUCAGCUACCUGCCAGUGGAAUCCUUUCCCAGUGUGUGUCAGCUACCUGCCAGUGGAAUCCUUUCCCAGUGUGUGCCAGCUACCUGCCAGUGGAAUCCUUUACCAGUGUCUACCUGCCAGUGGAAUCCUUUACCAGUGUGUGUCAGCUACCUGCCAGUGGAAUCCUUUCCCAGUGUGUGCCAGCUACCUGCCAGUGGAAUCCUUUACCAGUGUGUGUCAGCUACCUGCCAGUGGAAUCCUUUACCAGUGUGUGUCAGCUACCUGCCAGUGGAAUCCUUUACCAGUGUGUGUCAGCUACCUGCCAGUGGAAUCCUUUACCAGUGUGUGUCAGCUACCUGCCAGUGGAAUCCUUUACCAGUGUGUGUCAGCUACCUGCCAGUGGAAUCCUUUACCAGUGUGUGUCAGCUACCUGCCAGUGGAAUCCUUUACCAGUGUCUACCUGCCAGUGGAAUCCUUUACCAGUGUGUGCCAGCUACCUGCCAGUGGAAUCCUUUACCAGUGUCUACCUGCCAGUGGAAUCCUUUACCAGUGUCUACCUGCCAGUGGAAUCCUUUACCAGUGUGUGUCAGCUUACCUGCCAGUGGAAUCUUUACCAGUGUGUGUCAGCUACCUGCCAGUGGAAUCCUUUCCCAGUGUGUGCCAGCUACCUGCCAGUGGAAUCCUUUACCAGUGUCUACCUGCCAGUGGAAUCCUUUACCAGUGUGUGCCUGCCAGUGGAAUCCUUUACCAGUGUGUGUCAGCUACCUGCCAGUGGAAUCCUUUACCAGUGUGUGUCAGCUACCUGCCAGUGGAAUCCUUUACCAGUGUGUGUCAGCUACCUGCCAGUGGAAUCCUUUACCAGUGUGUGCCAGCUACCUGCCAGUGGAAUCCUUUACCAGUGUGUGUCAGCUACCUGCCAGUGGAAUCCUUUACCAGUGUGUGUCAGCUACCUGCCAGUGGAAUCCUUUACCAGUGUGUGUCAGCUACCUGCCAGUGGAAUCCUUUACCAGUGUGUGUCAGCUACCUGCCAGUGGAAUCCUUUACCAGUGUGUGUCAGCUACCUGCCAGUGGAAUCCUUUACCAGUGUGUGUCAGCUACCUGCCAGUGGAAUCCUUUACCAGUGUCUACCUGCCAGUGGAAUCCUUUACCAGUGUCUACCUGCCAGUGGAAUCCUUUACCAGUGUCUACCUGCCAGUGGAAUCCUUUACCAGUGUCUACCUGCCAGUGGAAUCCUUUACCAGUGUGUGUCAGCUACCUGCCAGUGGAAUCCUUUACCAGUGUGUGUCAGCUACCUGCCAGUGGAAUCCUUUACCAGUGUGUGUCAGCUACCUGCCAGUGGAAUCCUUUACCAGUGUUCCAGUACCUGCCAGUGGAAUCCUGUUACCAGUGUCUACCUGCCAGUGGAAUCCUUACCAGGUUCUACCUGCCAGUGGAACUCCUUUACCAGUGUGCGUCAGCUACCUGCCAGUGGAAUCCUUUACCAGUGUGUGUCAGCUACCUGCCAGUGGAAUCCUUUACCAGUGUGUGUCAGCUACCUGCCAGUGGAAUCCUUACCAGUGUGUGUCAGCUACCUGCCAGUGGAAUCCUUUACCAGUGUGUGCCAGCUACCUGCCAGUGGAAUCCUUUCCCAGUUGUGCCAGGGGAAAUCCCUUUUCCAGUGUGUGCCGUACCUGCCAGUGGAAUCCUUUACCAGUGUGUGUCAGCUACUGCCAGUGGAAUCCUUUACCAGUGUCUACCUGCCAGUGGAAUCCUUUACCAGUGUCUACCUGCCAGUGGAAUCCUUUACCAGUGUCUACCUGCCAGUGGAAUCCUUUACCAGUGUGUGUCAGCGACCUGCCAGUGGAAUCCUUUACCAGUGUGUGCAGCUACCUGCCAGUGGAAUCCUUUACCAGUGUGUGCCAGCUACCUGCCAGUGGAAUCCUUUCCCAGUGUGUGCCAGCUACCUGCCAGUGGAAUCCUUUACCAGUGUGUGUCAGCUACCUGCCAGUGGAAUCCUUUACCAGUGUCUACCUGCCAGUGGAAUCCUUUACCAGUGUCUACCUGCCAGUGGAAUCCUUUACCAGUGUCUACCUGCCAGUGGAAUCCUUUACCAGUGUGUGUCAGCUACCUGCCAGUGGAAUCCUUUACCAGUGUGUGUCAGCUACCUGCCAGUGGAAUCCUUUACCAGUGUGUGUCAGCUACCUGCCAGUGGAAUCCUUUACCAGUGUGUGUCCAGCUACCUGCCAGUGGAAUCCUUUACCAGUGUGUGUCAGCUACCUGCCAGUGGAAUCCUUUACCAGUGUGUCACUACCUGCCAGUGGAAUCCUUUACCAGUGUGUCCUACCUGCCAGUGGAAUCCUUUACCGUUUACCUGCCAGUGGAAUCCUUUCCCAGUGUGUCCAGCUACCUGCCAGUGGAAUCCUUUCCCAGUGUGUGCCAGCUACCUGCCAGUGGAAUCCUUUACCAGUGUGUGUCCAGCUACCUGCCAGUGGAAUCCUUUACCAGUGUCUACCUGCCAGUGGAAUCCUUUACCAGUGUGUGCCAGCUACCUGCCAGUGGAAUCCUUUCCCAGUGUGUGUCAGCUACCUGCCAGUGGAAUCCUUUCCCAGUGUGUGCCAGCUACCUGCCCCUCCGAAACAUAGGCUACUGUAGCCUCCUGACGUUACAAGUGUGAUUCAGAAAUUAGGGAGAGAGAUGUUUAAUGAGAGAAUGGGUUAAUGCUAGUUAAGGAUACUAUAGUUAUGUUUCACAUUGGAUUUAUUAAAUUCAAAAAGGUAAGAAGUGUUUGUAAUUUAAUGUUGGUGCUGCUCUGCACACCAGUUUGCAGCCAGCCAGCUCUGGUCCAACGUUAAAUCAAAUCACAUUUUAUUUGUCAGAUGCUUCUUAAACCCUAACUUGCUCCAGUAUGGCGCCAUAUUAAAAAUGGUCAAAGACUCCAACCACCCGAGUCAUAGACUGUUCUCUCUGCUACCGCCCGGCAAGCGGUACCGGAGCACCAAGUCUAGGUCCAAAAGGCUCCUUAACAGCUUCUACCCCCAAGCCAUAAGACUGCUGAACAGUUGGUUGUUGUCCAGUCUUACCUGGAGGUAGGUAUUUCAGCUGGUUGUUGUCCAGUCUUACCUGGAGGCAGGUAUUUCAGCUGGUUGUUGGCCAGUCUUACCUGGAGGCAGGUAUUUCAGCUGGUUGUUGGCCAGUCUUACCUGGAGGCAGGUAUUUCAGCUGGUUGUUGGCCAGUCUUACCUGGAGGCAGGUAUUUCAGCUGGUUGUUGGCCAGUCUUACCUGGAGGUAGGUAUUUCAGCUGGUUGUUGGCCAGUCUUACCUGGAGGCAGGUAUUUCAGCUGGUUGUUGGCCAGUCUUACCUGGAGGCAGGUAUUUCAGCUGGUUGUUGGCCAGUCUUACCUGGAGGCAGGUAUUUCAGCUGGUUGUUGGCCAGUCUUACCUGGAGGCAGGUAUUUCAGCUGGUUGUUGGCCAGUCUUACCUGGAGGUAGGUAUUUCAGCUGGUUGUUGGCCAGUCUUACCUGGAGGCAGGUAUUUCAGCUGGUUGUUGGCCAGUCUUACCUGGAGGCAGGUAUUUAAGUUGGUUGUUGGCCAGUCUUACCUGGAGGCAGGUAUUUCAGCUGGUUGUUGGCCAGUCUUACCUGGAGGCAGGUAUUUCAGCUGGUUGUUGGCCAGUCUUACCUGGAGGCAGGUAUUUCAGCUGGUUGUUGGCCAGUCUUACCUGGAGGCAGGUAUUUCAGCUGGUUGUUGGCCAGUCUUACCUGGAGGCAGGUAUUUCAGCUGGUUGUUGGCCAGUCUUACCUGGAGGCAGGUAUUUCAGCUGGUUGUUGGCCAGUCUUACCUGGAGGCAGGUAUUUCAGCUGGUUGUUGGCCAGUCUUACCUGGAGGCAGGUAUUUCAGCUGGUUGUUGGCCAGUCUUACCUGGAGGCAGGUAUUUCAGCUGGUUGUUGGCCAGUCUUACCUGGAGGCAGGUAUUUCAGCUGGUUGUUGGCCAGUCUUACCUGGAGGCAGGUAUUUCAGCUGGUUGUUGGCCAGUCUUACCUGGAGGCAGGUAUUCCAGCUGGUUGUUGGCCAGUCUUACCUGGAGGCAGGUAUUUCAGCUGGUUGUUGGCCAGUCUUACCUGGAGGUAGGUAUUUCAGCUGGUUGUUGGCCAGUCUUACCUGGAGGCAGGUAUUUCAGCUGGUUGUUGGCCAGUCUUACCUGGAGGCAGGUAUUUCAGCUGGUUGUUGGCCAGUCUUACCUGGAGGCAGGUAUUUCAGUUGGUUGUUGGCCAGUCUUACCUGGAGGCAGGUAUUUCAGCUGGUUGUUGGCCAGUCUUACCUGGAGGCAGGUAUUUCAGCUGGUUGUUGGCCAGUCUUACCUGGAGGCAGGUAUUUCAGAUGGUUUGUUGGCCAGUCUUACCUGGAGGCAGGUAUUUCAGCUGGUUGUUGGCCAGUCUUACCUGGAGGUAGGUAUUUCAGCUGGUUGUUGGCCAGUCUUACCUGGAGGCAGGUAUUUCAGCUGGUUGUUGGCCAGUCUUACCUGGAGGCAGGUAUUUAAGUUGGUUGUUGGCCAGUCUUACCUGGAGGCAGGUAUUUCAGCUGGUUGUUGGCCAGUCUUACCUGGAGGCAGGUAUUUCAGCUGGUUGUUGGCCAGUCUUACCUGGAGGCAGGUAUUUCAGCUGGUUGUUGGCCAGUCUUACCUGGAGGCAGGUAUUUCAGCUGGUUGUUGGCCAGUCUUACCUGGAGGCAGGUAUUUCAGCUGGUUGUUGGCCAGUCUUACCUGGAGGCAGGUAUUUCAGCUGGUUGUUGGCCAGUCUUACCUGGAGGCAGGUAUUUCAGCUGGUUGUUGGCCAGUCUUACCUGGAGGCAGGUAUUUCAGCUGGUUGUUGGCCAGUCUUACCUGGAGGCAGGUAUUUCAGCUGGUUGUUGGCCAGUCUUACCUGGAGGCAGGUAUUUCAGCUGGUUGUUGGCCAGUCUUACCUGGAGGUAGGUAUUUCAGCUGGUUGUUGGCCAGUCUUACCUGGAGGCAGGUAUUUCAGCUGGUUGUUGGCCAGUCUUACCUGGAGGCAGGUAUUUCAGCUGGUUGUUGGCCAGUCUUACCUGGAGGCAGGUAUUUCAGCUGGUUGUUGGCCAGUCUUACCUGGAGGCAGGUAUUUCAGCUGGUUGUUGGCCAGUCUUACCUGGAGGCAGGUAUUUCAGCUGGUUGUUGGCCAGUCUUACCUGGAGGCAGGUAUUUCAGCUGGUUGUUGGCCAGUCUUACAUGGAGGCAGGUAUUUCAGCUGGUUGUUGGCCAGUCUUACCUGGAGGCAGGUAUUUCAGCUGGUUGUUGGCCAGUCUUACCUGGAGGCAGGUAUUUCAGCUGGUUGUUGGCCAGUCUCAGGUGUCGUAGGGACCUCAGCCUGCCGAUCUCUGGACAGAUGACUUGCAGAGCGUUGUCACUCAGGUCUAAAGACUGCAGCCGGGUCAGGUUACCUAUAGCUGAGGACAGGUUACCGAUAGCGGAGGACAGGUUACCGAUAGCUGAGGACAGGUUACCGAUAGCUGAGGCAGUGUAAACAUCACCUUUAAGUUAGAACCUCCUCAAUGUUAACCGGUUAUCAGCUACUCAGAAAACAUUAUACACUCACGAUAUUUGGAUUCAAUACAACUGCUUGUUUACUGUGUAAACUUUCAAAUGACAACACUGUGAUUGGGAUCCCUGUAUUUGGAUUUAUUAUGGAUCCCCAUUAGUUCCUGCCAAGGCAGCAGCUACUCUUCCUGGGGUCCAGCAAAAUUAAGGCAGUUUAUACAAUUUUAAAAACAUUACAAUACAUUCACAACACAUUUCACAACACAUUAAGUGUGUGCCCUCAGGCAUCUACUCUACUACCACAUAUCUACAUCACUAAAUCCAUGUGUACGUGUGUGUAUGGUGCAUCUGUUAUUGUGUGUGUGUAUGCAUGUGUCUGUGGCUAUGUUUGUGUUGCUUCACAGUCCCCACUGUUCCAUAAGGUGGAUUUAUAUAAAAAUCCUAUUCUACUGCUUGCAUCAGUUCCUUGAUGUGGAAUAGAGUUCCAUGUAGUCAUGGCUCUAUGUAGUACUGACACGGUGUUACAUGGAAGUAACUCAGUAUAAUAGUAUUGGCCAUGGAAGUAACUCAGUAUAAUAGUAUUGGCCAUGGAAGUAACUCAGUAUAAUAGUAUUGGCCAUGGAAGUAGAACUCAGUAUAAUAGUAUUGGGCCAUGGAAGUAAUCCAGUAUAAUAGUAUUGGCCAUGGAAGUAGCUCAGUAAUCAGAUAAUAGAUAUUGGCCAUGGAAGUAAAUCAGUAAUAGAUGGGAAAAUCAGUUAUAAUAGUAUUGGCCAUGGAAGUAGUCCACUCAGUAUAGUAAUUGGCCAUGAAGUAACUCGUAUAAUAGUAUUGGCCAUGGACGUAACUCAGUAAUAAUAGUGAUUGGCCAUGGAAGUAACUCAGUAUAAUAGUAUUGGCCAUGGAAGUAACUCAGUAUAAUAGUAUUGGCCAUGGAAGUAACUCAGUAUAAUAGUAUUGGCCAUGGAAGUAACUCAGUAUAAUAGUAUUGGCCAUGGAAGUAACUCAGUAUAAUAGUAUUGGCCUCCUGUAAAUGACUGAAUAUCAAUGAGAAAUCACCUUGGGGAACGCUGGUUAUAUUGUUGGAAUGCAGAUACCUUGAAGACAAAGAGCAACGACACUUUUAAAGACUGAAAACAAGUAAAAAACACCAACAUGUGAAAGAAUACAACACCAUUGAUUUGAUUACUUUCCCCAAAUACAAUGCAUCUGUAACUGUAGCGCCAUCUAGUGGAUGAAUAAAAACUAGCGCCAUCUAGUGGAUGAAUAAAAACAGCUGGUCCCACAGUUCCUAUGCAUUCCUGCCCGAUGUAUUUCCUACAGCAAGAAAAUAUGCUUUUCUAAUACCUUUCUAUACUUACAGCUCUAUUGAGUUGGGGAGCUUCUAUACUUACAGCUCUAUUGAGUUGGGGAGCUUCUAUACUUACAGCUCUAUUGAGUUGGGGAGCUUCUAUACUUACAGCUCUAUUGAGUUGGGGAGCUUCUAUACUUACAGCUCUAUUGAGUUGGGGAGCUUCUAUACUUACAGCUCUAUUGAGAUGGGGAGCUUCUAUACUUACAGCUCUAUUGAGUUGGGGAGCUUCUAUACUUACAGCUCUAUUGAGUUGGGGAGCUUCUAUACUUACAGCUCUAUUGAGUUGGGGAGCUUCUAUACUUACAGCUCUAUUGAGUUGGGGAGCUUCUAUACUUACAGCUCUAUUGAGUUGGGGAGCUUCUAUACUUACAGCUCUAUUGAGUUGGGGAGCUUCUAUACUUACAGCUCUAUUGAGUUGGGGAGCUUCUAUACUUACAGCUCUAUUGAGUUGGGGAGCUUCUAUACUUACAGCUCUAUUAAGUUGGGGAGCUUCUAUACUUACAGCUCUAUUGAGUUGGGGAGCUUCUAUACUUACAGCUCUAUUAGUUGGGGAGCUUCUAUACUUACAGCUCUAUUGAGUUGGGGAGCUUCUAUACUUACAGCUCUAUUGAGUUGGGGAGCUUCUAUACUUACAGCUCUAUUGAGUUGGUGAGCUUCUAUACUUACAGCUCUAUUGAGUUGGGGAGCUUCUAUACUUACAGCUCUAUUGAGUUGGGGAGCUUCUAUACUUACAGCUCUAUUAAGUUGGGGAGCUUCUGUGCAAGAUUAUCCGGCUGCAGAAAGGAGAGAAAGCAUGUUUUUAGAACACAGACCACAAUGCAACUAAUCUGUAAAAUCAGCAAACUCAUCUCUGUGUUCGUUCAUUGUCAUGCCACCGAUAUGAAUGACCUGCCGUUGAUAGAAACCGGACUACAUCCCUAAGAGCUCAGAGCCAGGCUACAGAAUGAGAGCUACCACACAUAAAUACUGGAUCUAAACUACGCCGGACAGACACCUAGCUCUGAUCCAAGGUGUUACGUGCGUCUUGAAAGGCUCAGUGUCAGCAAGCAACGUGUAACAGCCUGGACCAGAGACCCCACCGGUCAGUACCAGCGUGUAACAGGCUGGACCGGUCAGUACCAGCGUGUAACAGCCUGGACCAGAGACCCCACCGGUCAGUACCAGCGUGUAACAGGCUGGACCGGUCAGUACCAGCGUGUAACAGGCUGGACCAGAGACCCCACCGGUCAGUACCAGCGUGUAACAGGCUGGACCAGAGACCCCACCGGUCAGUACCAGCGUGUAACAGGCUGGACCAGAGACCCCGCCGGUCAGUACCAGCGUGUAACAGCCUGGACUAGAGACCCCACCGGUCAGUACCAGCGUGUAACAGCCUGGACCAGAGACCCCACCGGUCAGUCCCAGCGUGUAACAGGCUGGACCGGUCAGUCCCAGCGUGUAACAGGCUGGACCGGUCAGUACCAGCGUGUAACAGGCUGGACCGGUCAGUACCAGCGUGUAACAGGCUGGACCGGUCAGUACCAGCGUGUAACAGGCUGGACCGGUCAGUACCAGCGUGUAACAGGCUGGACCAGAGACCCCGCCGGUCAGUACCAGCGUGUAACAGGCUGGACCGGUCAGUACCAGCGUGUAACAGGCUGGACCGGUCAGUACCAGCGUGUAACAGGCUGGACCGGUCAGUACCAGCGUGUAACAGGCUGGACCGGUCAGUACCAGCGUGUAACAGGCAAGGACCGGUCAGCACCAGCGUGUAACAGGCUGGACCGGUCAGCACCAGCGUGUAACAGGCUGGACCGGUCAGCACCAGCGUGUAACAGGCUGGACCGGUCAGUACCAGCGUGUAACAGGCUGGACCGGUCAGUACCAGCGUGUAACAGGCUGGACCGGUCAGUACCAGCGUGUAACAGGCUGGACCAGAGACCCCACCGGUCAGUACCAGCGUGUAACAGGCUGGACCAGAGACCCCACCGGUCAGUACCAGCGUGUAACAGGCUGGACCGGUCAGUACCAGCGUGGUGAGAGAGUUCCUCUUCAUGUAGAGCCUCUGUAGGAACUGUAGACCUUCAUCCUUCAGCAGCUCUACAGGGAAGUGGUUCAGGUUCCUGUAGUUGAGGAACAGGUUGAAUUAAGGCUAGCACUCCAGGCUAUAAUAUAACUGACCUUUCCUUUAAUGGAUAGGAACAUGUGUUAAUAAACCACACACCUGUAGUUGAGGAACAGGUUGAAUUAAGGCUAGCACUCCAGGCUAUAAUAUAACUGACCUUUCCUUUAAUGGAUAGGAACAUGUGUUAAUAAACCACACACCUGUAGUUGAGGAACAGGUUGAAUUAAGGCUAGCACUCCAGGCUAUAAUAUAACUGACCUUUCCUUUAAUGGAUAGGAACAUGUGUUAAUAAACCACACACCUGUAGUUGAGGAACAGGUUCUUGUGACGCUCCUGUUUAGCCAUCCAGAUCGCAUCCUGCAGCUCAGACGCCAUGGCAACAAAGAAGCACCGCUAUAGGAGGGUUCACUUCCUGCACCUCUCUCUCUGUGUCUUCUAUCUAAACCACGGCCGACACCUUAGAGAAGAGAAUUAA